UUUAUAUGGUACGUUGACUUCCGCCGUCGAUGUUAAAGCAGUGCUAUCAUGGCGGAGCGCGUUCAGCAGCCCCCAGCCAAACGGCUCUGCUGUAGACCGGGUUAUAACACGAAUUGUAGACAGGGACAACGGGCCGGGGGUACGUUAUGUGGCGGUUCGGGUGCGGCCCAAGGCGGGUCGAGCAAAACCCAGACCCCGGAGUCUCUGUUGGACAUCUCGGCCCGGAAAGUGGCUGAGAAGUGGCCGUUUCAACGGGUAGAGGAGCGCUUCGAACGGAUCCCGGAGCCCGUACAGAGACGGAUCGUUUACUGGUCUUUCCCAAGGAGUGAACGGGAGAUCUGCAUGUAUUCUUCGUUCAGUACAGGGGGAGAGGAGAGUGGAACUAGCGGGGAAAAUAUUGAUGAGACGCGGCUGCCUUUCAGACGAGGCAUCGCUCUGUUGGAGAGCGGCUGUGUGGACAACGUAUUGCAAGUCGGGUUCCACCUCAGCGGAACGGUAACAGAACCGGCCACGCCGUCGGAAUCCGAGCUCGUCUGCAGCGUGAGUGUCAGCUUCGACCGCUGCAAGAUCACCGCGGUCACGUGCAGCUGUGGCAAUAAGGACAUCUUCUACUGCGCGCACGUGGUAGCGCUGGCCCUGUACCGCGUACGGAAGCCUGAGCAGGUCAAACUGCACCUGCCCAUCUCAGAGACACUGUUCCAGAUGAACAGAGACCAGCUGCAGAAAUUUGUCCAGUACCUGAUAACAGUACACCACACGGAGGUGCUGCCCACUGCUCAGAAACUAGCUGAUGAGAUUCUGUCAACAAACUCUGAGAUCAACCAGGUCCAUGGGGCCCCAGACCCCACGGCAGGGGCCAGUGUAGAUGAUGAGAACUGUUGGCACCUGGAUGAGGAGCAGGUCCAGGAGCAGGUGAAACUCUUUCUCUCACAGGGAGGAUACCACGGCUCUGGGAAACAACUCAACCUGCUGUUCAGCAAGGUGAGAGAGAUGUUGAAGAUGCGUGACUCCAACGGUGCCAGGAUGUUAACGCUGAUCACAGAACAGUUUAUGGGCGACCCUCGUCUGGCUCUGUGGAGACAACAGGGAACCACCAUGACCGACAAAUACAGACAGCUGUGGGAUGAGCUAGGUACCCUGUGGAUGUGUAUUGUGCUGAACCCCCACUGUAAGUCGGAGCAGAAGUGUGUGUGGCUGAGACAGCUUAGACGGUGGAACAGCAUCGAUGUGUGUCCAUGGGAGGACGGAAACCAUGGCAACGAACUACCCAACCUCACACACGCACUACCGCACGGCAACCCAGACUUGUCGUCUCGUCCUCAUAGGACAGUGUUUACGAGGGCCAUUGAGGCCUGCGACCUGCACUGGCAGGACACACAUCUGCAGCGCGUCAUCACACAUGACCUCUGCACACACACACACACACACUGUCCCCACGACAGCCACGGCAGUGGAGGGGCACUGUUUGACGCCCGCGGAUGGCCCCUCUGGCACGAGCACGUCCCAACAGCGUGUGCGAGGGUUGACGCGCUGCGGUCACAUGGUUAUCCCAGGGAAGCCUUGCGAUUGGCCAUUGCUAUUGUCAACACACUCAAACGGCAGCAACAGAAACAACUACAGCUCCUCCGCAACCACAAAAAAGAGUUGCUCCAUAAAGGCAUGACGUCAGUCACUAACAUGGAGGGCUGGGUGGGCCACCCCUUGGACCCUAUUGGCACUCUGUUCAGCACCCUACUGGACACGGGACGGGGAGACGAGGAGGGGGGCAACGCCUUCCUAGACUUCUCAGGCUCUGUGAGUUCAGCCAAAAGGUUGGAGCCCCACCUCUUCCCAGCACAACACUUCCUGGACGAUGGCCAAUCGUUCGUAGCACUGGCUGUAGAGACGGCUCUGAUUGGCUUAGGGCAGCAGAGGGUGAUGCCUGACGGCCUAUACGCUCAGGAGAAGGUGUGUCGCAACGAAGAGCAGCUAUUGGCCAAGCUCCAGGAAGUGGAACUGAACGAUGCCCUGGUCAAGAUCUUUCGCAAGCAAGCAGUCUUCCUGCUAGAGGCUGGUCCAUACAGUGGUCUAGGAGAGUUGCUCUACAGAGAGAGUGUUCCCAUGCAUACUUUCGCCAAGUAUCUCUUCACCUCCCUACUACCUCACGACGCUGAACUGGCGUACAAAAUUGCACUGAGAGCCAUGAGGUUACCGGUCCUGGAAACCACGGCUCCAUCAGGUGAUCUAUCCAGACCUCACCAUAUAGUAUCUAUGGUCCCUAACCGCUACCCUCGCUGGUUCACUCUAUCUCACAUAGAGUCACAACAAUGUGAACUGGCCUCCACCAUGCUUACCGCAGCCAAAGGCGAUGGGCGUAAGUUAGAAACGGUUUUAGAGUCCAUCCAGAAGAACAUCCACUCCUCGUCUCACAUCUUCAAACUGGCUCAGGAUGCCUUCAAGAUCGCUACUCUGAUGGACAGCCUGCCAGACCUCACACUGCUUAAAGUCUCACUGGAGCUGGGCCUUCAGGUGAUGAGAAUGACUCUGUCCACGUUGAACUGGAGGAGGAGAGAGAUGGUACGGUGGCUGGUCACCUGUGCCACAGAAGUUGGUGUGUAUGCGUUGGACAGCAUCAUGCAGAGUUGGUUCACCCUGUUCACCCCGACCGAGGCCACCAGCAUCGUGGCCACCACCGUCAUGUCCAACACCACCAUCGUCCGGCUGCACCUGGACUGUCACCAGCAGGAGAACCUGGCCUCCUCCGCCCGAACACUGGCCCUGCAGUGUGCCAUGAAGGACCCCCAGAAUUGUUCCCUCUCCGCCCUCACCCUCUGUGAGAAGGACCACAUCGCCUUCGAGACGGCCUACCAGAUCGUUCUGGACGCAGCCGUCACGGGGAUGAGCUACACACAGCUCUUUACAAUAGCCAGGUACAUGGAGCACAGAGGAUAUCCCAUGAGGGCUUACAAGCUGGCCACGCUAGCCAUGGCCCACCUUAACCUCAGCUACAACCAGGACACCCACCCGGCUAUCAAUGACGUGCUGUGGGCCUGUGCUCUGAGUCACUCUCUGGGGAAGAAUGAGCUGUCUGCCGUCAUUCCCCUGGUGGUGAAAAGUGUGAAGUGCGCCACUGUGCUGUCAGACAUUUUGAGACGGUGCACAUUGACCACGCCGGGCAUGGUGGCGCUGCACAGCCGCAGGAACUCUGGGAAGCUGAUGUCGCUGGACAAGGCUCCACUCAGGCAACUGCUGGACGCCACCAUCGGAGCCUACAUCAACACCACGCACUCUCGCCUCACGCACAUCAGCCCGCGCCACUACAGCGAGUUUAUAGAGUUCCUCAGUAAGGCCAGAGAGACGUUCCUCAUGGCCCAGGACGGACACAUCCAGUUUACCCAGUUCAUAGACAACCUUAAACAGAUCUACAAGGGCAAGAAGAAACUCAUGAUGCUCGUACGGGAGAGGUUCGGUUGACGAAGACUAAACUUAAAAACUAUUGUGAUUGGUCGAUGGAUGUAUGGAGAUUGAGAGCGAUCACGCCCCCUUUUACUUGAUUCUGCGUUUGUUUCCCUUUUAACUUAAAAAGUGACGGAAAAAGUGAAAGAAAAACCUGAAAACAACAAAAGGCCACAUCGGUAUUAAUGUGUAUAGACCCUAUUUAGUUCACAAGCAAACAAAAAAGAAAAUGAUCAUGUUGUGGAAGUGUGUGUGUGUGUGUGUGUCCCUUUAUGUAUAAAGACAGUGUGAAAGUGUAAGAGAGAGAACUAAAGAGAAAAAUUUAAUCUUUUUACACUGAGUAUAUGUUGUCCAGUGGCGAGGUCCACAUAGCACUCCUGUCCCCCUCUGUUAAAUGCUCACAGCUCAGAGACAAUGAGACAGACAAGGCUUAAAACCAAACAGAGCAACUCCAUCAGACGUGACCAGUACCUCGUACGGACCCAGCUUUAUUCCCCCCUUAUCCUUAGCCCUUCCUCACCCCUCCUUCCCCCACUCAGUGUAGUCAGUGUGUUUUAACAGUUAAAUAACAACACAAACAGUUCACUAUCCAGUUCAGUCCACUAUUCCUUGUUUUAUUUCUCUUUAGUAAGAGAGAUCACCAACAUCAGGCUGGCUGUGGCUUUAGUAACAGGGAUCACCAACUCCAGGCUGGCUGUGGCUUUAGUAACAGGGAUCACCAACUCCAGGCUGACUGUCUGCUGUGGCUUUAGUAACAGGGAUCACCAACUCCAGGCUGACUGUCUGCUGUGGCUUUAGUAACAGGGAUCACCAACUCCAGGCUGGCUGUGGCUUUAGUAACAGGGAUCAUCAACUCCAGGCUGACUGUCUGCUGUGGCUUUAGUAACAGGGAUCACCAACUCCAGGCUGACUGUCUGCUGUGGCUUUAGUAACAGGGAUCACCAACUCCAGGCUGACUGUCUGCUGUGGCUUUAGUAAAAGAGAUCACCAACUCCAGGCUGACUGUCUGCUGUGGCUUUGGUAACAGGGAUCAUCAACUCCAGGCUUUCUGUGGCUUUAGUAACAGGGAUCAUCAACUCCAGGCUGACUGUCUGCUGUGGCUUUAGUAACAGGGAUCACCAACUCCAGGCUGAGAGAGAUAACUAACUCCAGGCUGACUGUCUGCUGUGGCUUUAGUAACAGGGAUCAUCAACUCCAGGCUGACUGUCUGCUGUGGCUUUAGUAACAGGGAUCAUCAACUCCAGGCUGACUGUCUGCUGUGGCUUUAGUAACAGGGAUUAUCAACUCCAGGCUGGCUGUGGCUUUAGUAACAGGGGUCAUCAACUCCAGGCUGACUGUCUGCUGUGGCUUUAGUAACAGGGAUCAUCAACUCCAGGCUGACUGUCUGCUGUGGCUUUAGUAACAGGGAUCAACAACUCCAGGCUGACUGUCUGCUGUGGCUUUAGUAACAGGGAUCACCAACUCCAGGCUGACUGUCUGCUGUGGCUUUAGUAACAGGGAUCAUCAACUCCAGGCUGACUGUCUGCUGUGGCUUUAGUAACAGGGAUCAUCAACUCCAGGCUGACUGUCUGCUGUGGCUUUAGUAACAGGGAUCACCAACUCCAGGCUGGCUGUGGCUUUAGUAACAGGGAUCAUCAACUCCAGGCUGACUGUCUGCUGUGGCUUUAGUAACAGGGAUCAUCUACUCCAGGCUGACUGUCUGCUGUGGCUUUAGUAACAGGGAUCAUCAACUCCAGGCUGACUGUCUGCUGUGGCUUUAGUAACAGGGAUCAUCAACUCCAGGAUGACUGUCUGCUGUGGCUUUAGUAACAGGGAUCACCAACUCCAGGAUGACUGUCUGCUGUGGCUUUAGUAACAGGGAUCACCAACUCCAGGAUGACUGUCUGCUGUGGCUUUGCAGUGUUGUUUACCCUGAUGCUUUAGACACGUGCAGAAACACACACACACGCGCAUAGAAACACAUAGUAACGGACACACUCAGAAACUCAUGCGGUUGCAGGAACAACCUGUAAACACACACUUGCAGAAAAACACAAUUAUACUGUCAUAGUGCUUGCGCUUGUGGAAACUUAGCAACUGUCAACAUACAUUCUCAGGGAUUUCUCAACAAAAAAAGCAAAGGAAAAUAAAAAAGAGAGAAUGAGAGCAUUUUAUUGUACUGUAUAUAUAAUAGUAUAUGUCUGAAUAUUGAAAACAAAUGUAUACGUUAACUAAUUUAUUAAAUCAUAUUCUAUGUAAUGCAAAAUACUUGAAGCUGCAGUACCAUGGUUUUUAUAACCAAAACAUAUCAGAAGGACUUUUAAAACGUGUCGCGUUGCGUCAUCAGGGGCCAGGACAAAGGUCAAAGGUUAGGGGUCAUCUCAGUAGGACUGUUAGCUGGGCGACCCCAGAGAGACAGACUGACAUCCACUGGACUGCUUGACAGGAACCGGCUGUUUGCAAAAAGGACAUGGAUGUUGUAUUUAGUAUGGACCAGCAAAAUAUAUUAAUCCUCCAGUUGAACACAGUUGUAUUGGGCACCGUGGUAUAAGAGGAGAGAAAGAGAGAGAAACUGCCCAGGAGCCUGAUCAGUAAUGCCUUAGCAUUACAAAUGGAGAACUCCGGCCCAGUGCCUACGAAGCCGUGAAAAAAUCCCUGACUCUUUACUAAUAAUUAGCAUAGUAAUACGCUGUGGUGAAAUUUGGUUUGUUCACGCAUCAUGUCUCCUUCCACAGUGUUCAAGUCACAAAAAAUAAUCUACAUUAUAUGCAGAACAACCAAUUAAAACAUGUACUUGCCUCUACAACGAACCCACAACACGCCUCUUCUGUCGACUCCUUGACUUUGUGCAGGACAGAAAGUUGCUAUGUUGGUCUUGACUGUUCAAUUUUGUUUUGUUACGCUUUUUAUAUGUUUCUCCUUUUUUUACUUUUUAGUUAUCUCUCUAGAAUUAUUCAAUGAGAACAGCCUUCUUUCUUGCCUUGUCUUAACGCUUUAAAACAACCAAACGGGAGUUCUGACUACCAAACUUUGUUCAUUGAAAUGAAAAAGCCAACCAACUUUGGUUACAACUUUUAGUGUCUUUCAUUUUUAGCUGAAUGGUUCUGUGUUCUGUGCUUUAAAAAGCCCUUCUCUGUUUGUUUUUGGGAUCAGAAACAUUGUCUAGUGUCUCUUGUCCCCUCCUCCCCUAGAGGUUUGUCCAUAGGUCCUUUGUCCAAAGACAAAUAUCAUUCAUGUUCCAUUUUAUUUAUUAUGAUAGGUAAACGAUUGUACUUCUUCAACCGUGUCAACAUUGCUCAUGUGUUAAAAUUCAGAUUUGAUACACCAAUAUCAAUUUAUUUAUGUAACUAAAUCACUGUUUUUUAAACUUGUUAAUGAUUGAACUUUUUUGUUUGAAUUAAAAUUCGUUUUUUGAGAGGA